AUGAGCGAUGCCGUGACGCCUCCUGAUGACUAUGAAGGCCAUUUUGUGGAUCCGGUCGAGAUCGUCUCCAGCUCGGUGUUCAUCGUCAUCGGCCUUUGCACGUUGCCCAUAUAUUUUCGCCUGACUCUCUACCACUGGCGGCACGGCUUCAAGACGCACUACCAGAAGAUAUUCUUUGUCUGCUUUACGAAUGACCUCUUCAACCACUACAGCCAGCUGUUCCGCACCCGGCUGCCAACGUGGGGCGUCAACGAGUGGUUCUGGUAUGUCCAGGUGGGGGUGCUCCCCACUACCUGCGGACUGAUCCAGAGCUUCUCCCUGCAAUUUCAAGUGCUCGGCACGCUGUUGAUUGCCGCAAAUCGGGCUUCAUCGCUUGCUUAUCCGAGUAAAUACGAGAAGUUUUGGUCAAUCAACACUUGGCGACUGCUUGCUGCAAUUGCCCUGUAUUGCGUUAUCUAUUCGUCACCCGGCGUCACCAACAAGUACACCUACAACCGAGAUUCGUGGGGUUAUUAUAUUCCAGUAACUAGGCGCUAUAAUCAAGUCACCACAAUCAUGGACAAGGUCGUCUUCCCGCUGUGCAUCUCAUACACCUUCCUCGCGCUGGUGUUGAACAUCUACACCGGCUACAAGCUGCUCACGUACAGCCACAAAAUGGGGAAGCCGUUGAGCCGCCGCGAGCGCGUGUUCCACUUUGCCACACUGUUGCAGUUCUUUGUGCAGCUGCUCAACACCGGGGAUCUGAUCAUCACCAAGACGCAGAAGAUGAGCGACUUUUGGGUGUUUUUCGAGUUCCAGCCCGUCUUCAUGGACCUCUGCAACUUUGUCCCGAUCUGGUUCCUGUUGCUGAUCUCGGCCGAGACGCGGACGAUCGUGCGCGGGAAGGGCACCGGUCGGGAGAUGGCCGUCACCGUCAUGUCCCAAGGACCCAUCCUCACUACCGCCCCUGCAACGAAAAGCGCCUGGGAACGGGGCACCAAAUCGGCGCCGACCACGAUGUAUAGC